AUGUCGUACAACCUACCGUGUCCCAGUCUAAUAGGCAUUCUCCUUGUGGUUUCUACCCACAAUGGCCCCCAGAUCGUCCAUCACUACCCUCCAGAACUUUCAGACACCUCUCUAAGGUCCCAAGGUGCAGAAGAGUCAGACGAUGACUUCGACGAUGAGGAUUACAUAGCCGAAGAUUCCACUAAGGAUCGCGAGUCCGCUACUACAUGGGAUUCCAGUCAUCUCGACUACUACCUCGGCACCAAACAAGACCUAUUGUCGUUUCUAGACAACCAGCAGAGCCACAGGGCCCGGCUCCAUGAGUUGGCAGAAGUGGGCUCCGUCAAUUCGGCAGACCGCCCUGGACUGCCCCAAGUGUCUUACGUGGAGAGUGGCCACCGCACAUUAAGACAAGUUGCUUCGAAUCUGAGCAAGAACUCCUCGACGACUCAAGGCUCGAAAGAACUUUCAAACCAGAUUUUGGGGUUCGAGCCAGAGCACAUCAGUGAGAUGCUAAGUCCACCCAGGGAUAUGUGUAACCGACGGUUCGAAAUCAUGUUGGAGAAUGUGGUCUUCUUGGGACUUCCAGUGCAUGUUUCGAGUAAUGGCUCGUGGAGAUCAGAUAAACGUAACAAUCGGGAUCAGAGCAUUCACAAUGGCGAUUCGCUCACGAAUGACGACCACGGAACGUCUACAGAACAGUCUGCCACGGCCAUGAGCAUGUUCCAUCUAGUUUUUGUCAUGAAUCCGCCGGAAAUAGAACGAAAUUACCGUAUCGAUGAAAUGUUCUAUUACGUUGUAUCUAAGUUGUCAUUGGUUCUUCGUUAUGAGCAGCUGAAACACGAGUUUGUAUGGAACCAGACUAGACUCAUCUAUAAGUUGAAGGAGGAGUGGAGAAACUCUGUGAGUCAGACGUCUCAGCAGACCAUGAACGAGUUCUUGGUGUCCAAAUCGUCCCUUUGCAAGAUCAUGGUGCAAUGCUUCGAUGCCAUUUCCACGUCCCGUAUUGCCAAUCUAACCAUCAACAACAAACCUCGUUCAUUUCAGAUCCCUAUCAAAUUGGAGUUCCAUUCGCUCCCAGAAAUGACCGUGCCCUAUAUCCCAGGAUCCUACUUAUCGUCUACGGUUAAUCUAUUGGGAAAUACCGGUUUGGUAAGCAUAGGCGAAACCACACGCUACAAAUCAAACAGCUUAAUGAGUCUUAUGCUAGGUGGACUGAUCACAGAUGAUUUAGAUCCUAAUGAAGAUAAUGAUGACGAUCUGGACGACGACGAUAAGGCGAUCACUGAAGAUGUCAUCUACUUCUCGUUGUUGUUAUUGGACGAGCCUGACUCGAUCAUUCGAGAUAUUAAGGCCGACCCCAAUUCGGAAUUAGCAGCGUUCGUUCGUUUGAUUCAUCCUUCAGAGUCCUUGCUCAAAAUCACCAACAAAAUGAAGCUGCAGUCGGGGAAGUCCUCUCUUUCAACGUCGGCAGUGAUUCUGUUUGCGCUUCACUUGAUAUACUGGCGACGUGCUAGGGUUAUUUCACCCUUGAAUACUCGAUCUAUCUACAUUGUAUCUCCAAUGGCUCCAAUCACGGCCAAUUUCUACCGAGACAUCCCACAAUUCAAAAAGAAGUUCUCAACAGUACCUUCUUUGCCUCUGUUCCUCAAGUUACUUUCCUCCCGGCUGAAGAAACCAAAACAAUUCGCCUCCAUAAUUCCUUCUAGGGACCAUAAAGAAAUUUACUUAGAUGCACUUGCCUGGCUCAUGAGAUAUGGCUAUGUUACCCAACUCCACACGUAUAUCUGGCUCAAGGUAUCGAGAAAGGUCAAGAUGAAGGUAGAAGAAGAUAUGGAGAAUGAAUUGGGGAGAAUUAAGAGACACGGAGAUUCCUCCUCUCGUUCGGAUGUUAAGUUGGAGAGCAAGGUUGUGGAUAAUAAGGUUGUGGAUAAUAAAGUUAUGGAUACUAAGGUUGUGGAUAAUAAGGUCACUGAUGGCAAACCUGCCAAACCAGAUAACUCAUCUAAAUUGAUGAAGGGCUCCAAUCUGAAAUCUCCGCUUGACACUCUCGAUGAUCAAAUUGAUAGCAUCCGGAAAAACUUGGAGUUUUCCCAUCUUGCACCCAAUAUUGCAUUAGAAGAUGAUGAUGAUACUAUUCUUGUAGACCCAGGUCGUGCCUCCAGCUUGGAAAGAAGAUGGAUCAAUAAAAUUGUACAUGAGGAGUGCAAUUUGACUUCAGAAUUGUCAGCUGUGUUCUUUAAGUUGUUGAAGUACAUGAACGGUAAAAAUUCGUUGGAGAUCUUGCUUCUCAAGGAGAACGUAUCUCGGACUGAGUUGAGAAAACUACUUGUGGCCAUCGAAGCCCACAUCAUCUCCGUACGUCAUUGGUGA